AUGGAUAUGGACAUCGAUCAAGAAUUAGAAUUUAAGAAAUCUCGAAGAGAGCUCCGAGUGCUUUUGCUUCAUGAAUUUCGUUUGAAUCACAAAGGAACGGACGCAGCUAGCAACAUUGGUUCAAUCGGUUCAGAAAUUUGCCUGGGAGCUGGACAAGUAGGCGUAGCACCGCCCAAGAAUGAACUUCAUGCAAAGAAGAUUACGCUCAGCGUUUGGUGCGGCGUCAAGGGAAUUAUUCAUUGGGAAAUUCUUCCUGUUGGCUGCACCGUUACUGCUGAUCUCUACUGUCUGAAGCUCGGAUGGAUUACACUUCCACAUCCACCUUACUCUCCUGAAUUGGCUCCAACAGACUACCAUUUAUUUCGCUCUCUUUCUUAUUAUUUGGGCGAGAAAAAAUUCGACGACGAGAACGACCUCAGAGCGGAAUUGGCCUACUUCUUCGCUCAAAAGUCUCAAGACUUCUACGAACAUGAGAUCCUUUCUUAA